CCCUCCUGCAUAAACUGUGUAUUGCUAUCUAUAUGAUCCGCAUCCGUCUGCGUGGAAUGAACCCGGCCGCCCAUACAUUCCUUCUAAGCGGAUUCAAAUGCUAGCCAUAUAAAAAGGAGGGGACUAGACCAGACUAGACCAGCUUAAACAAACUCUUUUUUUCGUAUCGCCAAUUUUACCCCACGCAGGUUGCCCCACCACGCACAGACCAAGCACUCCACACACGCAAACCAUGCGCUCCACACUCGUCAUCUUCGCUCUGGCCCUCUACACCAUAACUCUCUUUUUCACCCCCUUGGUCCAUUCCGAGGCCGCACCAAUGCUCGGAUCUCAGAGCAGCCCGAACGAAAGUCGCAUCCGUAAAUGUCUUGACAGCUGUCGUACUAAAGCCAAUAACGAGUACUCUGUCUGUUCGAGUACCUCUCGUGGAAGCCAACAAUGCGAGUCUCGACUAAAUAGCCAGCUGCAGAAGUGUGGUGCGAUGUGCCAAUAAACAACUCUCUCUCUCUCUU